AUGCAACCUUCAGACUUGUCUCAAGAUCGUUUGAUCGUUGGUUUGGACUUUGGAACUACCUUCUCCGGUUGUGCCUUCACCUACGGUGGCAGCCAGGAGACUGCUGAUGAGAUUGAAGUCAUCACAAAUUGGCCUGGAUCAAACAACAUCACUUCCGAAAAGGUUCCGUCCGAACUGAUGUACGAGUCGGCACCAUCUGGUGCUGGAGUGAAGCGUACAUCCUCUGGCGAUCCGAUCAUCGCCAAGAGUCCACGCUGGGGCUUCCAGAUCAAGCCGAACGAAUCCCGCCUGCGUUGCAUGAAGCUCCUUCUCGACCGUCACCAGAAGUUCCCUUCUUACGUUUCCAGACAAGAUCUUGGCAACUUGCUCGUGCACUGGGACAAGUCAGCGGAACAAGCUGUGUCUGACUAUCUGACUGCACUCUACAGUCAUGUGAAGAAAAGGUUUGAGAAACGUUUCCCUUUGAUGGUAGCAACCACGCAGAUCGACAUUGUGAUCACAGUGCCAGCCGUCUGGUCCGACGCAGCCAAGGAUGCGACCAUGAGAGCAGCCACGAACGCAGGAAUGGGAACAAACCUGUUCAUGGUCUCCGAGCCGGAGGCUGCCGCUAUCUACGCUAUCAAGUCCAUCGACAUUCAGAAGAAGCUUUGCAUGGCAGGCGACAACUUUAUCGUUUGUGAUUGCGGCGGAGGCACUGUCGAUUUGGCCUCGUUCGAGGUUUCUUCCGUCUCUCCACUGCGCUUGAAAGAGUCGGCCCCGGGCAUUGGAGCACUCUGCGGCAGUGUGUUCCUCAACUUGAAGUUCCAGGAUCUGGUCAGGCGUCGGAUGGGAGCAGAAGAGUUUCAGACAUUCUGCCGCAAAAGUCCAUCUGCUUGGACUGUCGCACACAAGUACUUUGAGGACUACGUCAAGCGUAACUUCGACCCAAUGGAUUCUGAAGCCGAGUCUGACGACAGCCAGUUCCAUGUUCCAUUUCCAGGCGUGCCAGAUAAUCUUGCGGCUGGCAUCGUUGGGUCAUUCAUCACUCUUACCAACGCCGACGUUUCGGAGAUCUUUCGUCCGCUUGUCGACAAGGUGAUCGUGCUGAUAGAAAGGCAACGCAACGUGCUUGCUGCUCACGACAAAAGUGCAAAGGGCCUUAUCCUGGUCGGGGGAUUUGGCGCUUCGAACUAUCUGUAUCGAUGCUUGAAGACACGCUUCGCCGACGAGGAUCCUCCGCCCACCUACACUCCUUCAGCCCAGCAGUCGGAGCCGGCGAUCGAGGAGGGCCCAAGAUUCAUCAUCAUGCAGCCCGAACACUCUUGGACGGCGGUGGUCAGAGGCGCUGUCUUGGCAGGACGUGAUAAAGACCUUGUGGUCAGCAGAAAAGCAAGACGCCACUACGGAGUACUCUGCAGUGAAGAGUGGGAUCCUUCGAGACAUUCGCUCAAGAAUCGGUCCACAUCUCGUAUCACCAAAGAGCUCAGAGCAACGAACCAGAUAAACUGGUACGUGGUACGAGGACAGAAUAUGCCAAGCGAUGAGCCAGUCUUGAUCGAGAUGACCGAAGACUUCUUGCCAUGCGAACGACAGGGAUCUGCAAGUAGCGUCGAGAUCAUUGUCAGUGACGCAGAGGUGCCUCCCCAAGAGUAUGAGCCGACCACCGAUACACGCAUUCUGUGCACACUUAGUACGGAUCCGAAGCCCAUUCCCGCAAAGUACUACAAGAAACGAGUGGCACACGGCCAGACAUACUUCUGUCUUGGACAACAAUUUGGCAUGACUUUCAACGGACGUUUGGUAUUCGACCAGAGAAUCGAUGGCACAAUCUACAGCAGUGUUCAAGCAGUCUACACCUGA